AUGGCUCUCCGCUCAUUGGGCCGAAGAUCGGUUCUAUUACUGUUGUUUUCAGUCCUUACCAUCUCCAUCCUGCAGUUGUUCUUCGUAAAUGCAGAGCAUUACUCUUUAGAACACAAUCCAUGGAUCCGGAUUGGAAUCUUUUUGUGGGCUAGUGCAGUUUCUCAUGUGUUGACAUUCGCAGGGCAGGAAGCAAGGAUGCUUGGAGGGAGGUUUCACGAUCUAAGCCCUCCUCCGGGUCCACAACCAGGUAGAAUGAGGCACAUGAUUCCACCUGAGAUUCCACCAAAGGUCCAGGGAUCACCACCGCCACCAUCUCAUUAG